CCCCCAGGCUGUAGAGGCGGCGGCGGCAGCGGACGCGACAUGAGCAGCGGGGCGGCGUCCGCGACGGGGCGGGGGCAGCCCCGGGGUGGGGGGCCGGGGCCCGGGGACCCCCCACCCAGCGAGACACACAAGCUGGUGGUCGUGGGCGGCGGCGGCGUGGGCAAGAGUGCGCUGACCAUCCAGUUCAUCCAGUCCUACUUCGUUUCCGACUACGACCCCACCAUCGAAGACUCCUACACCAAGAUCUGCACCGUGGAUGGCGUCCCGGCCCGACUGGACAUCCUGGACACCGCGGGCCAGGAGGAGUUUGGCGCCAUGCGGGAGCAUUACAUGCGCGCCGGGCACGGGUUCCUGCUGGUGUUUGCCAUUAACGACCGGCAGAGUUUCAACGAGGUGGGCAAGCUCUUCACGCAGAUCCUGCGGGUCAAGGACCGAGACGACUUCCCCAUCGUGUUGGUCGGGAACAAGGCCGAUCUGGAAGCGCAGCGCCAGGUGCCCCGAUCUGAAGCCAACACCUUCAGCGCCUCCCACCACGUGGCCUAUUUCGAGGCCUCGGCCAAACUGCGUCUCAACGUGGACGAGGCCUUCGAGCAGCUGGUGCGGGCUGUCCGGAAGUACCAGGAGCAGGAGCUCCCGCCCAGCCCCCCCAGCGCCCCCAGGAAGAAGGCCAGGGGCUGCCCCUGCGUCCUCCUGUAGAGGAACCAGCACAAGCUCCAGGCACCAGCUGCCCUCCCCCUGGGUCUCCCAGGCUACACUACACACACCCCCCCCACGACCCCUGGCCCUGCGGCCUCUGCCAACGCGUGCCUCUGCCAACGCCUCCUCCCCCCACCCAGGCCCCCGGUGGGGGUGAGGGGCUCCCGGGCGUCCAUCCGGGUCACUGCUGUAUAUAACCCCGCCCCAGAGAAAUAAAGGUCACUGCCAAUGUCA